AUGGAGAGGGCGACCGAUCUGUCACCGACCAAUGACACCAACAGCAGCGUAGUCCUUCAGCUGAACGCUGACUACGACCAGGAGUUCAUUAGCUACCUAUGGAAGGAAUACUUAUACCCCAAGGAAUACGAGUGGGUGCUGAUCAUCGCCUACAUUGUCGUUUUCAUCGUCGCUCUGCUUGGGAAUAUACUAGUUUGUGUUGCAGUUUGGAAGAAUCACCAUAUGAGGACAGUCACAAACUACUUCAUCGUUAAUUUGUCAUUUGCCGAUAUUCUUGUUACGAUUAUUUGCCUACCUGCCAGUCUGUUCGUCGACAUAACUGAGACAUGGUUCUUUGGGCAUGUUCUGUGCAAAAUAAUUCCUUAUCUCCAGACUGUGGCAGUUUCUGUGUCUGUAUUGACUCUUAGCUGCAUUGCGCUGGAUCGCUGGUAUGCUAUAUGUCACCCCCUGAUGUUCAAGAGUACAGCCAAGCGGGCACGAAGCAGCAUCAUAACGAUAUGGAUUGUGUCCUGUGUGAUCAUGAUUCCUCAAGCAAUCGUCAUGGAGUGCAACAUCAUGGUACCUGAGUUAGCAAACAAAACACUUCUAUUCACCAUCUGCGAUGAACACUGGGAAGAUGACACUUAUGCCAAGAUUUAUCAUAUCUGCUUUUUCAUUGUCACAUAUAUGGCUCCUUUGUGUCUAAUGAUUUUGGCCUACUUUCAAAUAUUUCGAAAACUUUGGUGUCGACAGAUUCCAGGCACUUUAUCAGUAAUAGAAAGAAACUGGAAGCCUCUUGCCUUGCAGUGUUCGACGCAAAGCAUCAGGAGAGACCAAACCAGGUCAAGAACUAGAGGAGUCACUGCAGAAAUCAAACAGAUCCAAGCAAGACGCAAAACAGCACGGAUGCUUGUGGUGGUGUUGAUAUUUUUUGCUUUUUGCUACCUUCCAAUCAGUGUUCUAAAUAUUUUGAAAAGAGUGUUUGGGAUUUUUGAUAGUAGUAGUGACAGAGCAACACUCUAUGCUUUGUUCACCUUCUCCCAUUGGCUUGUCUAUGCCAACAGUGCAGCAAAUCCUAUCAUUUAUAAUUUUCUGAGUGGCAAAUUUCGGGAAGAGUUUAAGACUGCAUUUUCAUGCUUUGACCGGAGCGAUCGUCAGAACGAGGAGCAUCUCACCAGGGGGCGGACAAGCACCGAGAGCCAUAAGUCCUUGACUGCGCAGAUGUCACACUACAGCAACAGCUCCAGAACAUCAGAGAACAUAGUGCUUACAAAUGUAACUACUUUACAGGCCAGCGCAUUCACUGGAAAUGGUGCCUGA